GUGUUCGGCCGGAGGCGGGAUUUCCUGGAGACUCCAGCAUUGCGGCCUCUGCUGAAGGACACCUGCCUCAUUCUGCCUGGACAGUGAGUCAAAGGACCAUUAAUCUAUCCAUCAUGGGAGGACACGAUGCUGCUGGAACUCAGCACCAGUACACUGGAAUUGCCAAGUACUUCAACUCAUACACAAUUACAGGAAGGAGAAAUUGUGUGUUGGCAACAUAUGCCACUAUUGCAACCCUCUUCCUUUUCUUCAAAUUGAAGCCAAAGAAACAGGCAGCUGUCACAGACAAGUAGUUAUGUUUCCAUUUUGACUAAAUGUUGUAACAGCUGGGAGUGGAGGGAGCAGCUGGAUAUGCUUGUAUUGAAAUAUCACCUAUUUCCCCAUGUUGACAAUAAAGAAUCUUUACACCCAG